CGCGGUGGGCCCGCGAUGGCGGUCCCGGCGGAGGCGGUGCCGGGCCGGCAGCGGGCCUUGGCCGUCGGCUCGCCCGUGGACUACAUGAGCAUCACCAGCUUCCCGCGGCUGCCCGAGGAGGAGCCAGGCGGCGCGGCCGAGAGCAGCCUCCGCGCCCGCAAGGAGGAGGACGCGUUCCUGGGCGAGCAGGACACGGACCCAGACUCCUUCCUGAAGUCUGCGCGUCUCCAGCGCCUGCCCUCAUCCUCCUCGGAGAUGGGAAGCCAGGACGUGUCCCCUCUCCAGGAGACCAGCAAGGACCCUUUCUCUGGAGACUGCAGCUGCCGGCAGGAUGGGCUGACUGUCAUCAUCACUGCCUGCCUGACCUUCGCCACGGGCGUCACGGUGGCCCUCAUCAUGCAGAUCUAUUUUGGGGACCCUCAGCUCUUCCACCGCGGCGCCGUGGUGACGGACGCGGCGCCCUGCACGGCACUGGGCACGAAGGUGCUGGGCAGGCAGGGCUCCUCGGUGGACGCAGCCAUCGCCUCAGCCCUCUGCGCAGGCAUCGUCAACCCCCACACCUCAGGGCUUGGAGGGGGUGGGGUGAUGCUGGUCCACGACAUCCGGAAGAACAGGAGCUGGGUGAUUGACUUCCGUGAGGUGGCUCCCCUGGGCAUCCCUCUGGAAGGGGACCUGCAGCAGGACACCAAGCCAGGUCUGCUCGUGGGGGUGCCAGGCAUGAUACAAGGGAUGCACCAGGCACAUCAGUUACAUGGCAGACUCCCGUGGUCCGAGCUGCUGGACCUCGCAGCUGGUGUUGCCCAGAACGGCUUUAAUGUCACACAUGAUUUGGCCAAAGCCCUGAGUGAACUGAAGGACCUGAACUACUCUGACCGAUUCCGGGAGCUGUUCCUGCCGGAUGGGCAGCCCCUCCUGCCUGGCACAUUUGUCCGGCGCAUGGAUCUCGCGGCCAUCCUGGAGCUGAUGGGGGCAGAAGGGGUGUCAGCCUUCUACAGUGGAAACUUGACCCAGGAGAUGAUCUCUGAGGUCAACAACUAUGGUGGAGUCUUGGUGGAGGAAGACUUCAGCAAUUACAGUGUCACAGUGGAGGAUCCCAUCCACACAGUCUAUCGAGGUCACCUUGUUUUCAGCCCCCCACCUCCACAUGCAGGUCCUGCACUGAUCACAGCACUGAACAUCCUCGAGGGCUUUAACAUCACAAGUAAAGGAUCCAGGGGGAAUAACUUGCACUGGAUAGCAGAGACGUUAAAAAUAGCCCUGAGUCUAGCGAGCAACCUGGGAGACCCAUCUGGUGACAUGUCCAUCGCUCACACAGCAGAAGGGAUGGUGAGUAAAUCAGAAGCUAAUUCCCUACGCCAGCUGAUUAAUGACUCCCAGUCCUUCCCAUCUGAUCUCCACAUUCCUCACUUCUCCGUGGAGAGCGGCCCCGCUGCCAGCCAGGUCCUUGUCAUGGGGCCCGACGACUUCAUCGUCACAGUUGUGAGUUCUUUGAAUCGUCCCUUUGGCAGUGGAAUCAUAACACCCUCUGGAAUCCUCCUCAACAGCCAGAUGUUGGACUUCUCCUGGCAAAACAAAACAAUGAACCACUCCAUUUCCAGGCCGCAAAAUCUCAUUCAGCCUCGGAAACGGCCCCUGUCCUUCCUGCUGCCCACCAUUGUGAGGCCUUCUGAGGGCAUGUGUGGGACGUACCUGUGUCUGGGGGCCAACAACGGGGAGAGAGCCUUGAGCAGCAUCGUCCAGGUUUUGGUAAAUGUUUUAACAUUUCACAAGAAUCUGAGUGAAAGUUUGUCACUUGGUCGACUUCACCCACAGCUUCAGUCCAACACCUUGCAGGUCGACAGUGAGUUUCCUGAAGAAGAUAUAGAAUUUCUUGUAGCCAGGGGCCACCAGGUGGAUAAAGUCCCAGUGGUCUCUGUAGUUCACGGAGCCAGGAGAACCAACAGUUUCAUCAUUGGCCUGAAGGACCCCAGGAGUGCAGAUGCUGCUGGAGCCACAAUAUUGUAGCACCUCCCAGGUGACCUGUUGUCUGAACAAUGCUGACACACACCAACCCAAGUGAUGUGCAUGUUCUGAAGUGGCCUCUUCUCCAGCCCUGGGGGAGCCCCACCCAGACGUUCUGCACUCACCACCCCAGGCGGCACUAGGGAAGUCAGCAGCACCAACAUGCAGCUCCCUGCUCUUGGUUUUGGUUUUUUUUUCAUUUAUUUGCAUUGCAAGCAGCCCAGUCCUUGGUACAGGAAUGCCAGGAGCACACUUUUCUUUUGGGAGAAUCUUGCUAAUAAUUUCAGUCUUUCCAAAGCCAAGUUCUAGAACGUUAGCAAAGGAAAAAAC